UUAUCGAGUUGAUUCCGAUUCAAAAUAAACCAAAAAGUCGAGCGAAAAAGCACCAAAAAACCCCUAAAAACCGCGUAAAAAAGACUCAAAAUGUCUUUGUUCACUUCAUUAGGUCUCGAGGAUGAUCCCAUAUUCGGCGCUCAUAUGCGUCAAAUGCGCCAGAUGAACAACAUGAUGAACUCCCUGUUCGGCGAUCCCUUUGGCGGAAUGAUGGGCGGUAUGGGUGGCAUGGGUGCCAUGAACGGUAUGAAUGCCAUCGCUGGGCCCCAACAGAUGUUUUCGCGUCAAUUAAUGCCCAUGUUCUCGAACAACAUGUCAAAUCGUCUCUUGACGGACUUGCCAACGGCGCCAGGUGGUGUCGGAUAUUCCAGCAGCUCCGUUUUCAGCAUGACUACGGGUCCCGAUGGCAAGCCCCAAAUCUACCAGGCAACGUCGAGCACAAAGCAGGGACCUGGCGGCAUCCGUGAAACACGCAAAACACUCCAAGACACACGAACGGGCACAAAGAAAAUGUCCAUUGGACAUCACAUUGGCGAUCGGGCACACGUUAUCGAGAAAUCACAAGACUUGUCGACGGGUCAAUUGGAGGAGAACGAGGAGCUCAUUAACUUGGAUGAGGAGGAGAAGGAAACUUUUAACCGGGAAUUUACACAACGAGCACGCAGCUUGGGCGGAACACGACGUCACGGGCCCGAAAUUCAAGCAAUUAUGCCAGCUGCAAGUCCCUCGGGCGGAUCAUCGUCUUCGUCAUCGGUAGCUGCGAUCCAAAAUGCGAAUGGAACCACGAAAAGUACUUCUACGGCUACUACGACUCCUACGACUCCGGCUACGGAAAGCGUCCUCGAACGAUUGUCGAAAAAAUACGGUAAAAGUCCGCAACUUGCGACGCCGAGACGAGCUAUUCGAACGCCUGCUUCAUCUCCAUUGGCUUCUACGACAACAUUGUUAGAUAAAACGGUCUCCACAAGCGUUCAUCCUCACCCGUACAACCCGUCGUCGCGCAAACACAAGGCAAUCAAAGGAUCUACAAAUUACAUGCAACGUCAUCACUAAAUGGACCAACAACGGCAGUCCAGAGAAUAUAAAUGGAAUUAUAUUUACAAGAAAAAAAAACAUUAAACGAGAAAGUUUCACUCUGUUACAUGUAUUUAGGAUAAUUUUUACUACUAUUGUAUAACGUAUAUAAAUUUUAGGCAGGUUUGAAGUUAAAUAUUAUUAUUUAGUUGCUUCUGAUACGAAAAAAAGGGACGACAACCAAUUUUUCUGUUAUUGUUUAUUUUUGUACCUUGCUGAAUCUCAAUUAAUUUGCGAUUCAAUUUCAUUAAUUAAUUGGUUGUCGUCAAAUAAUAAUUAUAUUUAGCUCAAUUAAUUUUUUUCGAUUUAGAAUUUUCAUAAG